AUGGAGAAGCACAUUUUCUUAUUGAUUCUUCUCUUUUUAUUUCAAUAUUAUUCUAUUUUUAUAUCAAGUGCUCCCUCAAUUGAGACAGACCAACAAGCUCUACUAGCUUUCCGAAAUCUUGUUAUAAAUUCCAGUCUUUUUCUGGCCAAGAACUGGACUAAGAAUUCUUCUUUUUGUUCUUGGUUUGGUGUCACUUGCAGUACAAAAAGGCAAAGGGUUGUAGCCUUGACUCUUCCUAAUUUGCAACUUCAAGGCACUAUUUCACCGUCUUUGGCCAAUUUGUCCUUUCUCAUAGAGCUCAAUCUCGGGAACAACUUUUUCCAUGGCAGCAUUCCUUACGGCCUUGGCCAAUUGCCUCGCUUGGAAGUGAUUGAUGUUCAAAACAAUCAACUAGAAGGAAGUAUUCCAACAAGUCUAUUUCAACACUGGAGAGUUCAAAAUAUUUCAUUGGCUUUCAAUAAAUUCAGUGGUGAAAUGUGGAAAGGUCCAUGGUAUGUACCGGAACUCAGAGUCUUAAAUCUCAGGAACAAUAGCCUCACAGGUAUAAUCCCUCCUUCGGUUGGAAAUGCCACAAAGUUGUUGAGCUUCAGUUUGUAUGGGAAUAGAGUCAGCGGCAACAUUCCAAAGGAAAUCGGUAAUCUAAGCCAACUUGCAUUUCUGUCCUUGACUGAUAAUCAGUUAACAGGUUCUAUUCCGACAGUACUGUUUAAUAUCUCGUCGCUACUUGCCUUAUCUCUUGCAAUGAAUAGCCUUUCUGGUCCUCUCUUGCUUGGUGAAGGGAAUAUUGUCUCAAAUAUGGAGUUUUUAAGUAUUUCUUACAAUCUAAUUUCUGGUCACAUUCCUUCCAACAUUUGUCAAUUCACAGAGCUCAAAAUGUUGUCCAUAUCUUGCAACAACAUAACUGGAGAAAUACCCAAAAAUAUUGAUUGUUUAGCAAAGCUCGAGAAGCUCUAUAUUGCAUAUAAUUUCAUAAGUGGGACUAUUCCUAUUUCAUGGGGCAAUAUUUCCUCUCUACAAGCUCUUAGUUGUUCAAGCAAUCCCAUGGUGGGGCAAAUUCCUCCAGAAUUAGGGAAGCUAUCCAAUUUGGUGCAAUUAAGCUUUCAGGAUACUUAUAAUCUUAUUGGUCAAAUUCCAGAUGCUAUUUUUAAUAUAUCUUCUUUGGAAUUCAUUUCUUUCAGUUUCAACAAACUCUCGGGGAGAAUUCCAACCACUACAGGUCUUCAUCUUCCCAAUCUUAAGGGACUUUACUUAGCACACAAUCAGCUCGAAGGGGAAGUUCCUCUGUACAUCACAAAUGCAUCCAAGAUAUCCUAUUUGGAUCUUAGCUCUAACUUUUUCAGAGGCACCACUCCUAAUAACUUGGGAAAUCUUCGUGAGUUGCGAGUACUAUUCCUAUUUGAUAAUCAACUUACCAGUGAACCGUUGAGCAUGAAUUGCGAUUCUUAG